CGUAUUAAGGAGAGGGGCUGGCGGACGGCGUGACCCCGACAUGUCCAACGAGAGUAUCCGGUGGGAGGCAAGGUACGCGGGACCAGCAGGACCACCGCGUUUGCUGGGAUGGAACGUACCUCCCGAAGAGAUAAUUCACAUACCGGAGCACUGGCUGGUCUAUCCCGAGCCGAACCCCUCCCUUCAUUAUUUAUUAGCCCUUCUUUACAUCCUCUUCACCUUCCUCGCUUUGCUCGGGAACGGACUCGUGAUAUGGAUCUUCUGCGCCGCCAAAUCGCUGAGAACUCCGUCGAACAUGUUCGUCGUCAAUCUGGCGAUCUGCGAUUUCUUCAUGAUGAUCAAGACGCCGAUUUUCAUUUACAAUUCCUUUAACACCGGCUUCGCUCUCGGAAAUUUAGGAUGUCAGAUAUUCGCGGUGAUCGGCUCCCUGACUGGGAUCGGUGCCGCGAUAACGAACGCUGCUAUAGCGUACGACAGAUACAGUACAAUAGCAAGACCGUUGGACGGGAAACUAUCCCGUGGACAAGUGAUGCUGUUCAUCGUGUUAAUUUGGACGUACACCAUACCGUGGGCCCUGAUGCCAGUGAUGGGAGUUUGGGGACGUUUCGUGCCCGAGGGAUUCCUUACUAGCUGCUCGUUCGAUUACCUGACCGACAGCAACGAAAUACGAGUAUUCGUCGGGACUAUAUUCACCUUCUCCUACGCCAUCCCGAUGACCCUGAUAAUCUAUUACUACAGCCAGAUCGUCAGCCAUGUCGUCAACCACGAGAAAGCGCUUAAAGAACAGGCGAAGAAGAUGAACGUCGAUAGUCUGAGAAGCAAUCAGUCCUCCAACUCCCAAAGCGCUGAAAUUCGCAUAGCAAAGGCCGCCAUUACGAUCUGCUUCUUAUUCAUUUGCUCGUGGACUCCGUACGGUGUUAUGGCCAUGAUAGGAGCGUUUGGUAAUAAAGCGCUGUUGACUCCUGGCGUCACGAUGAUACCAGCUUGCACGUGCAAAGCUGUCGCUUGUUUAGACCCAUACGUCUACGCCAUAAGUCAUCCCAGAUAUAGGCUGGAACUGCAGAAACGGCUACCAUGGCUAGAAUUACAAGAGAAGCCGAUAUCCGACUCACAAAGUACGACGACCGAGACGGUGAAUACCCCACCGGCAGCCUCGAGCUAAACGUUUCAUUACCGGAACCGCUCUUCCUCGAAGCAAUAAGAAAACUCUUGAAAGAUGUUUGAUUAUUCUUCGACACUUUGAAAUAUCGAGACGCUCUCGCGGAUCUUGUAUAGCGGCAGCAAUAAAGCAAUUACCUGGCAUGACUCCUGAA